AUGUUCAAUUACCUUACCAUCGGAACCCAAGUCAAGAAAAGCCAAGAGUCUGGUUCACACGCUUUGUCAAUUGUCAUAUUCAACAACACAUCACUUUGUAGGAUACAUCACAUUUCUUCUUGCCUCUUACUUUUAAUCUUACUUUUUACAUUCUGUGCUUUCCCUUCUCCUUCUCUUUUUCUUCUUCACACAAUGGUUUUGAUCAAGCGUCAUGGCCUGCUACCAAGCACGGCCGACAAGAAGGCCAUCAAGCCAUACACAAUGGCCUUCCCUAAAGCCGAGUUAACUCGCAUGAACACACUUGUGGAGCUUUCCCACAUAGCAACUCCAAACUACGAAAACACCGGCGCCGACAAGUCCCAAGAGUUUGGCGUAACACGCGACUGGCUCGUAGCCGCCAAGGAAAGAUGGCAGAAUGGUUUUAUCUGGGAGGAGAGAGAGAAGCUCGUCAAUUCUUUUCCAAAUUUCAAAACAGCGAUACCGGCUCCUAAUGAAGACGGCUCUCCAAGUGAUGUCUCCAUCGAUAUCCACUUCAUGGCACUCUUCUCUAAGAAGAAGGACGCGGUGGCAGUACUCUUCAAUCACGGCUGGCCCGGAUCUUUCUUUGAAUUUCUGCCGCUUUUCAAGCUGCUGCGAGAGAAGUACCCUGAUGAAGACAGCCUGCCGUACCACAUCAUCGUGCCAUCACUCCCAGGGUACGGACUAUCUGACGCCCCUCCGAUGCACCGAAACUUUACAGUCACCGACGCCAGUUACAUGCUGGAUCACCUCAUGUCCAAAACACUUGGAUUCAAGACUUACAUCAGCCAAGGAGGCGAUGUGGGAUCCUUCAUAUCCCGCUACAACGGCUACAACUCUCCAAACUGCAAGGGCGUCCUCAUCAACUUCUCUCCAGUCCCAAUGCCGGAGGGCGCCACCCUCGACGACAUUGACGAGGAGGAUAAGAUUGCCAUGAAGAGAUACGAGUGGUUCGUCACGGGUGCUGUAUCAUACAUGGGGAUGCAUGCCACCAGGCCGUCUACCGUCGGACUGGCUAUAGCGACCAGUCCAAUUGCAGUACUCGCCUGGAUUGGCGAGAAGUUUCUCGACUGGACUGAUCCGGCUUCAUUCCCUCCAAAUUCUCACAUUGUCAACCAAGAAUCAAACAACUCCACAGCUUCUCCCUACUCUAUCGAGCUGAUGGACGAGGCCAUUGCGGGAGCGGCUCUAUACUUCCUGACUGGAUGCAUAGGAACGUCAUUGUACUGCUACCGCCAAUUCUUCCCUCAAGGCAGAGAUGCAGCCACCUCAGUGCAGAAGAAACUCUACAUUGCCAAGCCGAAACUCUUUGGCUACUCCUUUUUCCCUUGGGAGGUCAUGGGUUCGCCAAAGGAGUGGAUUGCUGGGAGCGGUGACAUGGUAUUCUUCAAGCGGCACCCCAAGGGAGGCCACUUUGCCCAGAUGGAGCAGCCAGAGGCUAUAUGGGAGGACGUGGUGGAGUUUUUGCAGUUAUUACCGGCGGAUUCAUAA